UUUCAUUCCGCCAAAUGUCACUCUGUUAUCAUUUCAGCAAGAUGAAGGCCUUCAUCUCUCUCCCAGGAGUCCCAGCCAAAUCGAACAGCCUUCAUCUCUCUCCCCGGUAGUCUCAUGGCCACUUCAAUCAGCCUUAAUCUCAUCGAUCAGCCUUCAUCUCCGAUCCGACGUCAUCUCUCCCCAACCUAAUCCAUCAAUAUCUCUCUUGGGUCAUUGUGGAGGGCCUUCAUCUCUCUCUCCAAACAAUGAAUCAGUCGUACAUGCUGGAAUUGCAUAAGAAUCGGCGUGCAGUGUCGAAGGCCUUCACUCUCUUCCCAAACAAUCGAUCAACUGUAGAUGGCGAAAUUGAAGAGGCAUCAGCGUGUUCAUUGUCGAAGGCGUUCAUCUCUCUCCCUAAACAAUCGAUCAGCUGUAGAUUCCGAAUUUGAAGAGGAAUCAGCGUGUUCAUUGUCGAAGGCCUUCUUCGUUACUCAGAGAUGAGCUAAUAGGUAUGUUGCUCGCUUUAUGUUUGUGUGAUACUCCUUCGCUUGGAAAUCCUCCAACACCAUGAAUCGAAGGAGAAAGGGAUUCAAAUGAGCUCGAGCUAAUGGUGCUUUUGGUCAUUAUCCUUCCUGAAACUAAGAUCAAUUUCUGGAAAUCAAAAUAAUGUGGGUAAAGUAAUUCUUUCUCAUUUCUAUACUGCACCGGAGCCCCUUCACCUCCCUUUUUUCAUUUUGUGGCAGUAGGCAUCUUCAUCAAUAUGUAUAAUGAACUUAAAAUGGAUCUAAGCUAUGCAUGUGUUAGGCGUUAUAUUAUGGAAUUUCCCAUUUCAGUUUUAUAUCAGUAUAUUUUACUCUUUUAUAUGAAUAUGUUUUACACUUUUAUAUGAUUUUGUGGUUUGGUUAAUAUUCUGAUCAUCUACUUUUGAUAAAGGGGAUUCUAGCAAGGUAUUCCACUAUAUAUUAAUUGAUUUCACACUUUUAUAUCAAUAAAACAUAUGGGGUUUCUAUCAGCUUUUGAUAAGAUGUUUCUAUCAACUUUAUUCAUUAAUUUAUACUAGAUUCAACCCAAAUCAACUCAACUAUUUUUCUUUAAUUUACAUCAUAUGCAAUCAAAACCUUGAAUAUAUUUGUUUGCACCAAAAGGUUCGAAAUGUUGCUUGUUUCAUUUAUAUGCCUUUAUUGAUUAACUACCAGUUAAUUAAUCCUCUUAAUAACAGAACUACAUUGCUAAAAAAGUUUUUCAUGUGAUAGUGUCUUUAAAAUAUAAUACAUAUAGCUAGAGAGUAAGAGUGUUAUGUAUUUAUGAUAUAUGUUUGGAUUGGCCUUAUAAGAUUCUUACAGGUUUAUGACUACUUUGUUUUAAGAUUGAAAAUUGAAAACUCCCUUAAAAAUUUUUAGUUUUAACAAUAAUGUGAGAAAGGUUGAUAUCAUCAGUGCAAAUAGUAAAGCCUCAAAAAGCUAGAACUAUUCUGCUCCACAGAGAUUUCAUUUCUUCACGCACAGGCGGUCUUAUUUGAAGAAUUGACUCUUGAGAUGAAUCGGUUAACCUUCUAUUUUCUUGCAUGUUUGGUUUGUACAGAAUUUUCUAUUUGUUUCUAUUUUGAGUUAUAUUUUUCUAUUCGACUUCAUUUCUAUUUUCCAUUUCCAUUUGUUACCUUAAGCAGUAGAUUCACAAUCUUAUUUAAUUGGAGAUGUUUUCAUCUAAUUCAUUUGAUUUUCACUUCUAUUUAUAAAAAAAUCAUCUUCAUUAAAAAACAUCUAUGCCAACAUUUUCAUUGAAUAUGCCAUCAUUAUGGCAUUAUUUAAAAUGUUGGCAUAUUUUUCUCCGGUGAUGGGAGAUGGUAGUGCUAGGGGUGGCAGGGGUGGUAAUGUUUUUUUUUUUUAAUUUUAUGAUUUUUUUAAUUAAUUUUUUUAUUUUUUUAAAAAAUUUUUUUUUUUAUUUUUUUUUUUUAAAAAAUAUUUUUAUUAAUUUUCUAUUAUUGUUUUACGAUUUUUAGUAUUUUUUUCGAUUUUUAUUAAUUUUUUUAUGAUUUUAUUAUUAAUUAAAACAUUUCACAAGUUACAAGGGUAUAUUUGUCCAAACACACAUAAAUAGUCCUAUUAAGGGAAUUUAAAAAAUGUAGUCCUAUUUGUGCAAUUUUGCCACUUUUUAGUCCUAUUUAGGGAAUUGACUCAUUGUGUAAUGGCACUUGACUCAUCAUCACUAAAUUUGAAACUCAUAUUUUCAGGCCUUGGAUGAUGCCUUGAACUAAUACCGGACAAAAGUUUCUUAUUCUCAAGCUUAGUUUGACUCCAUUUGACCUACAUUAAAAUUGUCGUUCACAUUUCAGCGUAGGCAGUUCCCCUUGAUCCUUAGUUAUGCGAUAACUGUUGGUCCAAAAUAGGACGCUCGUAGGCUUUUAGGAAAGCUACGUAAGAACACUCAAGCAGAAAUCAGGAAAGUAAUACGAGUAAGGAAGGUAGCUAGAGAGUUUGGUAGCCAGAAAUAGCAUAUCGAAGUUCCCCCUAAUUUGAAUUACAAUCUGCCUUUUAUAGGCGUAUACAAAUCGUAACCGCUAUCGAUAAUAAUGACUAAUUAAUUACAACAUUAAUACGAAAUUAAAUACAUAAUUAAACAACACAUUAAUUGCUUGACCGUUACUUUUCCCAGCUGGCAGGUUGGGCGGACUGACAGGCUCCCCGCUGGACUGGUAGAUAGGUUCCAGGUCAUGAACUUGGAUCCACGGGUCCAAGUUCGGGGCUUGGGCCGAUUAGGCUCUGGGCCUAGUCCUAUUACUCCAUCACGAGUCCCCCACUCCCUUAGUCGAGUAGUAAACUCGGCUAAGAGGGAGUAGUCCAAGUCAGUUGCUCUUCUUCGAGACUGGAAGAUCCCCGCCUUUGUCCAUUUCGGGGAGAUGCCUCAUCAAAAACCUUCAUUAGGAAAAAACCCAAUGGGAAAAAAUCCCAAUGAAGGGAAAAAGAGUACACCUGACGCCCCCAAGAUGAAGCAAGAGGUGAAAUCCUCAGCCUUUAUUGCAAUGCUCGCCAUCUGUGAAGAGGAUGACUAGAACCGUUCUUCUCGUCGGGCUUGAACUCAUCAGGCUACUCCUCGUUCAGUCAUACCUACACAUAAAAGCAACAGGUGUAUAAUAGAGCAUUUGGUCUGGUGUUGAACCACGACUCAGUUAGCGAGUGAGUCGGACUCACUACUUGAAAAGAGUGACAUCAAUUUCCCAAGUUAGGCCUUAACCCAGUCUCCGAAAGGAAGAUUGAAUCCGCGAGUGAGUGACUCGGAGUCACCAUUCGAACGGAUAAUCCAACCCCACAGAACUAAAGUAUAUCGACCUUUUUCGGGAAAUGUGAAUGUCAAUUAAGUGAAAAAAAUUGCUCGGAAGAGUGUGGCUCUAGGCCCCUAACAAGAGUUUAACUCGGCACCCGAGGUUAGUAGUUCGAACCCGCAAGUGAAGACUUUUGAACGGGCGACACGUCCCCCGAGGUCGGAGUGUGAUGCACUGGGAAGGGGUAAGAGCACACAAGAACUCGUAUGAAAUCAAGAGUGUGCGGUAUUAACAUUUAUAUUGGAGCUUAUUAAUCGCCACACCCAUAUGACGUGAUCCGGUGGCGCGAGUGUGUGUGCUCGACCAUUGUCCGAGUGUGUGUGCUCGUCCGGUGUACGUGAGUGAUCGGAUUUCAUAAGUCCGUUUUCAAUGUUAAAAUUACACACAUUUGAAAAGAGUAAAAGCAAUUAUACCACUUAAUACUUUUCAAGUGUUUCAAUUUACGAUUUAUUCUUUUUGAAUCUAAUCAAUUUUUUAAUGAUAAUAUUUCGUAUAAAAUUAAAAAUUGAAGAGUAGACUUAGCUUAUAUAUUUUGUGCAGCUCAUUCCAAAAGAAAACCAGUCCAGAUGGGCUUGGCCCGUAAAUGCUGUCUGCCCCAAGUGACAAAUGGGGAACCCUCUAGAGCGCAGCAAGAUCUCAUGACCGCUGGGCACUGGCUACUGCUGCCGUCGGGAGGAGCGAUGGGUAGAGUCGGUGCUGCCAGUCGGGGAGGGAAGGACCUGAAUCAUCUGCCGCCGGUGGAUUUAUAGCUUGACUGAAGGUGGUUGACCCACCGGGUCACCGGGAUGGGGAGGUCGCUGGAGAGAAUUCCAUCCGCCAUUGUUACCCACCGGGGAAAAUCGAUGAGACUCCAGCCGGCGAGUAGACGACUUCUCCCGUCGCUUUCUGAGGAAAGAAGGUCUGGUCGGAGAUAGUCCCUCCUGCCACCUCACAAACACCGAGCCACCAUUAAGGUGAUUUGCGGAAAUCACCUUCAGCCGAUGGAUACUUCAAGUUGCGCUAAUAGAGAGGCGGAUGGUUUAGUGAUUUCCUAAGGUGGAUGGGUGAGCAGCAGCCGACCAAGUCGGGGAGUGACGUGGUUGGUCGCCGAAAUGGGUUGGAUGUUGUUGUUUCUUCCGUCCAUUUCUGAUCGGCUGUGACUGCCCCGGUUGACAGAUUCUACCGGAGUCGGAUAUCACAUGGAAAGCUUGGAUCAUUCCAAAUUUCUUUUUUUUUUUUUUGAAUUUUUGGAACAGUUUUUUGCUGGCUUUUUUCAAGAUUGUGAAUUGCAUACCUGAAAACUGUUUGAAACCUUCGAUCUUCGCUCAUCUUUUCUGAAAUUUCUUGCCAGAGUGAUGAGAGACUGGAAGCUCUCAAUGAAAGCACCAAUGUUGGUCCAAAAUAGGACGCUCGUAGGCUUUUAGGAAAGCUACGUAAGAACACUCAAGCAGAAAUCAGGAAAGUAAUACGAGUAAGGAAGGUAGCUAGAGAGUUUGGUAGCCAGAAAUAGCAUAUCGAAGUUCCCCCUAAUUUGAAUUACAAUCUGCCUUUUAUAGGCGUAUACAAAUCGUAACCGCUAUCGAUAAUAAUGACUAAUUAAUUACAACAUUAAUACGAAAUUAAAUACAUAAUUAAACAACACAUUAAUUGCUUGACCGUUACUUUUCCCAGCUGGCAGGUUGGGCGGACUGACAGGCUCCCCGCUGGACUGGUAGAUAGGUUCCAGGUCAUGAACUUGGAUCCACGGGUCCAAGUUCGGGGCUUGGGCCGAUUAGGCUCUGGGCCUAGUCCUAUUACUCCAUCAAUAACCAUUAAUUAAUAAGAGUCACAGACAAUUUUGGAGAGGGUUAGUGUUUUCUUACAUCGUCCGGCUUUCACCCAUGGACAACUUUACGUCACGGUCUCAAGAGUAACAUAGUCUUCUGGGUUAAAGUUUAUUAUAUGUGAUGAUGAUGUAAAAUUGGUCAAGAACACUUUAAAUGUUGAUUACAACGAAGUAUAUAAUAAUUUGUACUCCCUCCGUCCCUAAAUAAACUUCCAACUUUCCUUUUUCGUCUGUCCCAAUUAAAACUUCCACUUUUCUUUUUUGGCCAGAAUUUGUGGUUCACAGCAAUUCUUACACAUUUCUCUCUCCUCUGCACAACUCUCCACCACACAAUACCCACUAUCUUAAACUUCGUGCCAAACCUAUUUGGAAGAUAUAAUAGGGACGGAGGGAGUAAUUUUUAUCUACAUUUACUUUUGUUAGAAACAAUAUGUACGUUGAUGUAUCUUUGACACAACAUUUUUGUAUGUUGCCAAAUAAUUUAUGGCUUAGUUGUAAAGGGAUGUCCGAUGCUUCCGAUUAUUCGCGCCACCGACGCGAAUAACUUGUCAGGACAACUUAUGACAAAGUUCUCUAACUGCUAUUUGCGUCACGAACGCAACACCAGUUUGAUGCGGGAGUAAGAUGAGUUUCUUUAUCUAGAAAACAUUUGGAAGAAUGACAUAUAGAAGGUGAUGUUAUGGAUCUUUCACAGCAAAGACAAUGAUGUAUUGUUAUCCUGCACAAUCACACCAUGACGAUUCAUUUGGUUGCGGUCGACGAUUAUGCACCAAUAUAUAGGAAGCAAUAUAUUGGAAGCAAAAUGUGAUGCCAGCAACCAAGAACCAAAGUUUCCUCAUAUUCAAGAACAAACAAGAGGGUGACUCUAAAGAUGGAUGAUCAUAACAAGGGGCAGGACUCUAGCUGGUUAGUAAUUGAAGAUGGUGAAACUGCCGUUUCCAGACGUUCAGGACCAACAAGAUCAUUCUCCCAACCACUUGAUCACAACCAGUCAGUGAAGAUCAAGAGAAACCACAAAUCUUCUACACGGGUUUUGGGAAAUGAAUCAAGGCGUGGGAAAGUCCUGGUGCGCACAUUGUCUGAUCAGACUUCAAAAUAUCCUUUAGAUGAUGAUAGAGCAACAACCACUGACUCAUCGUCUAUCUCAACCCCCAAAACUCUGUGGUCUGGUGAAAGGGGAGGACAUAGCCAUAAUGUUUGGAGGCCAAGCUAUAUGAAUACGACUGAGUCUGUCAAGGCACUCCGACAACUAUAUGAAUACGACUGAGUCUGUCCAAAGUAAACAGAAAGGUUCAAAACAUAGCUCGCUAUUCCAUGGACCGACAACUCCGACAAAUGCUGAUAAUACUAAUCUUUAUUUGUUUCAUACUUGCAAGGAUUUUUAUGUUCUAAAGAAGAGUCCGCCCGUGAAGCUAGAAGCAUAGUUUCAAUUAGUCUGGUUCUUUUCCAUUCCCCAUGCCAUUUUGUCUAAAAGAUUGGGAGUAGUUCAACACCUAGUUGUCACAAAAGAGGGACUUAGUUUUUAGGAUUUUGCAUGUUGAGAUGGGUUUUUGUAUAUGUUAUACUACUAUAAAUACAAGAUUUGCGAUCAGUGGAAUGUUUUUUCUCACUUAACAGUGCUGGAGUGGAUUAAAUUUGCUAAAUGUCCAGUAAAAAUGAUUUCAGC